AUGGGCCUGUACUUCCCCGAAGGGGCGGAGGAGGAGGAGCCCGACAGGGGAAGCGCAGCUGGACGUAGUAGUGUCGUUAUGGGCGGCAACGUCGCUAUGGGUGGCAAUGUCGCUAUGGGCGGCAAUGUCGUUAUGGGCGGCAACGUCGCUAUGGGCGGCAAUGUCGUUAUGGGCGGAAAUGUCGCUAUUCACCGAAGCGUCGUUGUUGAUGAGACAAUGGACGGUGCUGUAGAUGGUAACGUUGGUAGCCACCAUAGAGAUGAUGAUCGCCGUGGUGGAGGGGACAAGGCUACUACCCCAGAAGACUGUGGCACCGAAGGCAGCGCUGCCGAACCGAGGGUCAUGGGACCAUCUCCCCUGCACCUGAUGAAAGAUGCUUAUAUCGAUAGAAGCGUAAGCGAAGAAAAGCAGAGCUCGUGCACCCCUCCUAAUGACACGUCGGAAAAUAGUUACGGGCAUGUGCAGGUCAACAUCCCCAACUUCGACCUGACGGAGGCGGACAGCAAUCCUCGUGAGGAGAUGAACGAGGGUAGGUCGGACAAGUCGGACGAUGGAAAAAUGAAGCUGAAAGUGCAGAACCUCCUCAAGCUUAUAGGGCUUCUCAAGGCCCAGAUAAACCAGAAGGACCACGAGAUAUAUCAAAUGGAACUGGACUUCAAGCUGAAGAGUCAGCAGUGCGAGAGGAGCAGCGCGCGCCUGAACGAGCUGUUCGUGGAAAACGAGAGCUGCUCGGACAACACGGACGGGGCAUCAGGGGGAGCAGCGUCCAUCGCGGCUGCUGCGGCUGCGGCUGCUGGAGGCAUUGGCGGUAUUGGCGGCAUUGGGACCGCUGCAUCCGUUGGAGCAGCGGCAGGACCCCCCGGUGGGGGAGACUUCCUUAUGAGAAAAAUGAAAAAUAUUUUAAUUUCACAAAACGAAGAAAUAGUGACCCUGAAUGAGGAACUGAAAAAAAAAAACAAGGAGCUCUUUUACCUGAAUGAAGAAAAUAUGACAAAAAAUGAAAAACUAGCAGAGUUGAAAAAAGAAAUAGAAAAAAACUACAUGAAUCUAAUGGCAUACAAGAGUGUGAAAAACGAAAUGGAGGUUGAUGCAAACAACAAAGUACAUCGUGUAGAAAACUGCCUUAAUGUAACGAACCAAAAGCUACUCAAAAAUGAUAUAUAUAUAAAGGAAAAAAAACUGAACAUAGAAAAACAAAAGAGAGUAAUAAAAGAAUUAUACAGUCAGCUGAACAAGAAGGAGGAACAGAUAACAGAACUCAGGAGCAUAAUCGAAAGCAUCGAACUGAAUAACAACAGAGAUAUCAUAAAGUACAAGCAAAGCAACACCGACCUCAUUAACCGUCUAAGUCUAAAUAACUCCCUCAUGAAUAGUCAAAAAAUAGAAAUCGAAAAUAUGCAUAUGAACUAUAAACAGCUGGAGGAGGAACUGAAAAAUAAAGACAAUGAACUGAAGAAGCUUCACGAAAAUUUGCUUGCCAAGGAUGAAGAAAAUAACAAAAUGGUUCACGAUAUGAAUCGGUUGAAGUUCGAUAUGGAGAUAAAAAAUAUCGAUGUGGUUAACGUGAAGCAGAAAAUAAAACAUAUAAAGAAGGAGUGUGCCAUCCAUUUGAAGAAACAGAAGGAACGCUUCACCAGUGUCAUUAACGAAAUUUACAAGGAGAAGGAUGAGGUCAUUCAGGGCCACGUCGAGGAGUUCGCCAAGCUUUCUGCGCACUACAAUGAAGCGCUCGCGGCCAACGAGACCAUCAAGAAUGAGCUAAACCUGCUCAAGGACGAAGUGUUGAAGAAAUCGUGCGAAGUGGAGAAGCUCCAGGACAGGCUACUCGACUAUGAAUCGAAGCUACUCAUUUACGAAAAUAACAACGAGAUUAAAAUUCUGAAGAAAAAUGAGGACCAUUUGAGGAAGCUGCUCAGCAAACACAUACACAGGAAUGAGAAGCUACUUAAUACAACUCUCCUGUUGCAAAAGUCCACACUAGAAAAUAACACACUCGAAAAAAAGAUAAUUGAACUGAAGGCCAAGACGUAUAGGAAGGACCAAGAGAUAAAGAAGCUGCAGGAGACUAAUUGGAAAAAAAAAAACUCCAUAAGGAACAGCAGCAUUUCUCAGACGGAUGACGCUAUCGAAUUGAGUGACGAUUUGAAGGAUCAUCACCACCCUAGUGGGGGAAGAAGAAGGAGCAGGGGGGCGGCGGGUAGCCUCAUGCAUUACAGCGAUGACUGCCUCGAUGCGGGGAACCACAUGCUCGAUUAUAACAACAGGGUGGAAAAAAACAACGCACUAGACGCUAUGCUGCUCGAGGGGGACAGCAACCUCAUGAUGGGGGUCAAAGAUGACGCAGCCUCGGCAGUGUCACUCCCCCUGGGCACGCCCCUCGCCGCCACCACCGCUCUCGAGGAUGACCCAGUUUACGUGGCCCUCUGCGAGUUCAGCCACAGCGUCAAAGAAACCAACAUUCCAUUUCAGAUAAAAAAAACGAGUGGAAACAUGUACCUCCUUAACGAGAAAGAAGUUCUCAUAAAAUUCAUAAAUGGAGAUUUGUACGUGGAGGACGGCUCCCAUUUGGUUAAGUUGAAUGACUUCUUACUGACCAGUGGAUCGAGCUAA